CGAUGAUAAACAAUUCAAAUACAGCAGAACCCAAUAGUUAGAAAUGCCGAGGGCUCAUCCGGUCUGUGAACCGAGUUCCGUACGCUGUACGUAUCUAUCUACCCGCGGACGUCAACGCUCAAGAGACCGGAGUUCGUGCCGACUUCUUCUAUGAGACGUCUAAAAACCCUUCAUAUCCGCCGGGGGAUUUGUAAUAAGAAUCUCUUACAGUGGAGUUAGCAGCAUAUUGCCGACAGAAUUGCGACAUCCACGGAGUAUAACCGGAGAUAGUUAAUGGGUGAGACUUAAUAACUGUCGCUCAUCCGCGGGGUAUAAGGCGUCCUCGACUCCUCCUCCUGCUGCUGCCGAUCCACCAUUCCUGCUAACACGGAAAAGAGCUUGCAAGAUACCUGAUUUCGUUCACAAUGGCCAAGGUUCUUCUGACUGGAGGCAGCGGUUUUAUCGCGGCCCAUGUACUGGACACUCUGCUGAAGCAUGGAUUCAAGACUGUCGUGACAGUUAGAUCUGAUGCAAAGGGUCAGAGAAUCCUCCAUUCGCAUCCAAACACCCCGAAAGAUACACUCUCUUAUGUUGUGGUUGAGGAUGUUGCCAAGGAAGGGGCAUUUGAUGAGGCUGUGAAAUCUGACCCGCCGUUCGAUUAUGUCCUUCAUACCGCAUCUCCUUUUCAUUUCAACGUUCAAGACCCCGUGAAGGACUUCCUCGACCCCGCGAUCAAAGGAACAACGGGCAUUCUCAGCUCCAUUAAGAAGUACGCGCCAUCUGUGAAGCGGGUGGUCGUAACUUCGUCCUUUGCUGCGAUCAUCAACACAAACAAGCACAAGGAAAUUUAUGACGAGACUGUCUGGAAUCCUGUGACUUGGGAGGAGGCUCUCGACCAUACCCAAGUAUAUCGAGCAAGUAAGACCUUUGCCGAGAAAGCAGCUUGGGAAUUCGUUGAAAAGGAGAAGCCAAACUUCGACCUUGCCACAAUAAAUCCUCCUUUGGUAUUUGGACCGGUUGCGCAUUACUUAGAUUCUCUGGAAGCCCUAAACACUUCCAACCAGCGAAUUAGAGACCUGAUCCAAGGCAAAUUUAAGGAUGGUCUCCCCCCUACUGUCACAUUCCUGUGGGUAGACGUUCGGGAUGUGGCUCUGGCUCAUGUAAGAGCAAUCGAGGUCCCGCAAGCGGGAGGCAACCGGUUCUUCGUGACGGCUGGCAGUUUCGCCAAUAAAGAUCUUGCAGAAGCUGUCAGGGAGACACAUCCCGAGUUGGAGUCUAAACUGCCUCCUAAGGAUACCCCCAGUGAUCUGCCGGCAGACGUCUACAAAUUCAACAACAAGAAGUCCAUUCAGGUUCUGGGUCUGAAGUAUCAUCCCUUGAAGGAAACUGUUGAUGAUACCGUCAAGACGUUGCAGGCUGUUGGUGUGGGCAAAUAAGGGAUAUGAGAUGUGACUUGACAUUCUCUCUCUGUUUUGCUCGUCUUGUCCAGUAUCCGCAGGCUUACAUUAGAAGCUCAUGACAUAAUGAAAUAUAUUUCUGGACAUUAUGUUUGACUAAAGUGUCAGGUUAAAUUUCAAUUAAUCCUAUGGCACAUUUUAGAAAAUGACAGUUAGUACAUGUACAUACUGUCGCUGGCCAGGAUAUGUAUGGGCCUUCUGUUAGUUCUCGAUCUCGGAUAACCAUCUUUGGCCCAAAACUGUUCGAUGACCACAGUAAAAAUUUGUCAUACCCUCCAAGCAGAAGCAGUUUUCUGUUUUUAUCAAUUCAACGUUAUGUCGCC